AUGUCUUCAAAAAGGAAGGGCUAUUCGGUCGCGUUUAAGAGAGCGAUUGUCGAGCAAUCUCGUGGUGGAAAUCUGAAGAAGUUUUGCGAGGAGAUGAAGCUGGACUUGCGUAUGGUCCGUAAGUGGCGCGCGGGUUACCACGAUCUCGUACGGCUGACGCAUGAUGGCAGUGCAGAUAGACGUAAAUGUGGAACGGGCCGUCAACCGUAUUACCUCGAGCUCGAAGACGCGAUCUACGACUGGAUUCUUGACCGGAGAGCCCUUAGUCUUGUAGUGAACAGAGCUGAAGUCCAAGCCUUCGCUCUAGCCUCAGCGCCACGAUUCGAUAUCUCCACAGAAGACGUUAAAGCUUCGAGUCAUUGGCUGGCGGCAUUCAUGAAGAGGAAGGAACUAUCUUUGAGACGGUCAACGACGCUAUUCAAGCUCGAAGACGAUCAGGUGAUUGAACGUGCUUUGGCCUUCAAAUCGUUCAUCGAUAAGAUCGACUCGUCUCGAUACGAAGCUUGGAAUGUCAUCGCUAUGGAUGAAACGGCUGUCUUCCUGGGACCGGGGCCAUAA